AUGACACCAGUCACGGGACAGCAUAUUCCAACUGCUGAGGAUAUUCGUCAUAGAAAAUUAAUUAAAAGGGGGAUUCAGUUUUGUUUGCUAGUAUUAGGCGAAUCUGGGAUUGGAAAGUCAACAUUUAUCAAUAAUUUAUGUAACAGAAACGUCUUCGAAGAAAAUAGUACGGUUUUAGAACCUGAUAAAGCUCAUUUAGAACCUGGCCUCGAAAUGGUUUCUCGUAACAUUCAAUUACAUGAAAAUAAUUCUACCCCAAUUAGUUUAGAUUUGGUUAUGUUCCCUGGACUAGGUGAUAAUAUUGAUAAUGAAUGUUUACCCAACCAGGUUGUUGAUUACUUAGAAACACAAUUUGAAAUAGUAUUAAGCGAGGAAAGCAAAAUUAAACGUCACACAAGAUCGGUUGAUACACGGCCACAUGCUUGUUUAUAUUUUAUAAGACCUACUUCAAAAGGAUUAAGGGAGUUUGAUGUUCAGUUAAUGAAAGAAUUAGGCACCAGAGUUAAUAUAAUCCCUGUUAUUAGCAAGGCUGAUUUACUAACUGAAGAAGAAUUGAAGUUAAAUAAAACUUUAAUAUUGAAAGAUAUCAAUGCAAACAAAAUUUCGAUAUAUGAUUUUUGUGACGAUGAAUUGGGGGAUGUCGUUACACUUGACGAUGAUGAAGGCAAUAAAGGACAUCUAUAUAGUAACACUAAUAAUAGUGAUAACCAUACCAUGCUUAGUACUAAAAUCAAAGAUGUUUUGCCCUUUUCUAUUGUUAGUAGUAAUAAGGCGGAAAUUGAUGACAAUGGUAAUGUUACUCAUAUUAGAGAAUAUUAUUGGGGAACGGUUAGAGUUGAAGAUACUGAGCAUUGCGAUUUUAUAUAUUUGAAAAACAUUUUAUUCGGAUCUCAUUUGCAAGAGUUUAAGGAUCACACACAUAAUGUGUUAUAUGAAGAUUACAGAACAAAAAGGUUAACUGCAAGUAACGAAAAAAGCUCAGGUUCAAAUACGUUUGCCAAAAACACGCCACUUAAGAAUGGGUUUUCUUAUUCAUCUGUCUAUAACAAUUCAUUAGCAACCAAAUCUGGUUUUAGAAUGCCAUUUCCAGGUGAUGUUAAUAAUAUUAAUAAUAGCAUUGAGAAUGAUAAUAACAAGAACAAGAACAACAACAACAAUGCUAACGCAGAUCUUAAUUGUUAUCCCACUAAUUUUUGUAAGAAUAAUGCGAACGCAAGAAUUAAUAUUGUUCCUGAUGAUAAUAAAUGCAAAAACGACAAUAACAGCACAAAGGGGAAUCUUACUCACAAGCAGCGACAAGAUACUCUGUUAUUAAAGGCAAUGGAAGAGAAAGAUAAAUUGAUAUUAGCAUACAAGAAAAGAUUAGAUGACUUACAAGAUAUGCUAAAGGACAACGUUACAGAAAAUACUAAUUGCAAGCGCACUAUUGUAUCGAGUGGGGACACCAUGCAUGGAACUGUAGAGUAA